AUGGCCUCGAGGGUGUUUCAGGGUGCGAUGUUGGCUGCGGAUGACGUCCUGGAGCCCGCCCUCCGCAUCGAGGUGGCUGGGUCGCAGCACGACGGGGGGGUGGAGGUUGGGUCGGAGUCCGGGGUAACGACCGCGCUGGCGGCAGAUAUGGUGGUCCCAGACUCCUCGGAGGCGGUGAAGGUCGCCCUCCUGGUGCCCGACGCCCAGGCCGGGAAGGUCGUCGGCAAGGGCGGAGCGUGCUUCCAGAUGUUGAGGGCGCAGGGGUGCGACAUGACGAUGCAGUCGACGGCGGACACGGAGCAGUUCAGACGGGCAGACAUUAAAGGCAUGUCCGGUGAGCACCUCGCAGUGGGAUUCACGACAAUUGCUGGCAGGCUCGGCAAGGGCGAGGAGCACUCGCUGGCGGUGGUCCUGUCCCAGGACAUGGCCAACACCUUCGAGGAGAACGGAGGCGAAAACAUCAUACUGGACCAGACGGGCAUGGCCGCCUCGCUGGAGUGGGGCUGGACGACGGAGGAGGCGGAGCGGCGCGUGAUGCUCAACGGCGACGGUGACAUGCUGGCGAAGUGUUUCCGGCUGCUCCUCAAGGCCUGCGGCGUGGCGAAGGUGGGUGCCGGCAAGCCGGUUACGAAGCCCAGGCAAAUGGGCACUGGCUCCCGGCUAGCCGCUGGCGCCACGGGCAUGGGCGCCGUGGGCCGGCCAGCUACCGCCAGCAAGCCGCCGCCGCUGGUGGCCCCGGGCGCGGCAGACGGCUCCAUGGGCGGCUUCACGCCCCCGGCCGGCUACACGCCUCCCGCGGCCAGGUCCGCGGGCGGCGGGGCCCCCGCCUUCGUGGCCCCCGAGAGCUUCGGCGGCGCGGGGGGCGGCGGGGCCCCCGCCUUCGUGCCCCCCGAGAGCUUCGGCGGCGCGGCGGGCGGCGGGGCGCACGCCUUCGUGGCUCCCGAGAGCUUCGGCGGCGCGGCGGGCUCCCGCGGCUCGGCGAAGACCUUCACGCCCCCGUCCGGCAUCGGCGCCGGCGCCGGCGCGGUGGCGCUGAGCUCCGUGCCGGGGGCGAGCGGCGGCAUCACGGGCAGGCCCGACCAGGACCGAGGCCGAGCUGCACCUGGUGGCGUCCGAUGCCCAGGUCGAGCAGAUGGCUGGGUGGCAGGAGAGGCGCCUCCCUGCCCAGCUUCGCGGAGCAGUCAGGCUGCCGCGCCAUCUCCCUGGCCCCGACGCCGGACGGCCUCAACCAGGAGGUGA